AUGGUCGCGCCUGCUGCCCUCACCAUGCUCUUCGUCUCCAUGGUUGGUCUCGAGCACCUCCCGAAGGCGUACGACUGCCUCUGGCGCUCGUACCACGGCAUCCUAGGUGCCCAGCAUGCGUUCAUCGUUGAUGAUCGCUGCCUCCACUCCUCGUUUAGCAUCCUUGAGCUCGGCACAGGGGUCCGUCUCUCGCAUACCGAGAACCUCGUCUGGGCAUCCAGAGACCCGGUCGACCCCUCUCUUGACGACACUCCGCUCAACGUCGCCCUCGGCCAGCUAGAGCGCAACAUCACCGCUUUUCGCCCUACUGCUCACGAACACCCUGCGGCGCAACUUCAUCUUGACGUUCCCCGCAACCGCGUUCGCGCCAUCCACCGAGGGCAAGACGGCCUGCUUCUCUCCGCGUCUCCGCACGACACGGCCGCCCUCGGGGCGGUUCUCCCGCGAUAUUGGAGCCUCACUCCCGUCUCGCCCUUUCCCCGCCGCCUCCUCCCUGUUCCCGCGUCGACCAAGCAGCACCUCCGCGACCUGCUUCCGACCAUCCAAUUCGAUCCCGUCACCGCUGCGGUCGUGAACGGCAUCUCGAUCCCGCACCUACCAACGACAUCCGAUAUCUCACUGGUGAAGAUCCAGCACGCCCCCCUCGCGGCCGCGUGGAUCAAGCGACAGAUAGAGGCCACCGGCGCGACGUGCGCUCUCAAGCACUACAAAGAGAACUUCGCGCCCAACGUCAUCUGCGAGUACCCGGCGUCCGCGCCCGGCACCUCCAACGCCCUCGUCGUCCUCGGCGCUCACUACGACUCGCGCGGCUCGUUUGGGUCCGUGCGUGCGCCCGGCGCGAACGACGACGGGUCGGGCACGGGCGCGCUCCUCACGAUCGCGCGUGCGGUCGCGCGGCGCGGCGUCGCCUUCCGCGGACGCGUGCAGCUCUGCGCGUUCGCGGGCGAGGAGCAGGGCCUCGUGGGCUCGCGCGCGUACGCCGAUCCGGUCGUGCUCACGUAUGGCGCGGCCGCAAGGAGCCUGGCGCGGCGCGGUGCCAACGUCACAAUGAUGAUCCAGGCGGACAUGGUGGGGUACCACGCCCCGGGGGAGCCCGCGCAGCUCGGUCUCUCCAACCCCGGGUUCGAGGGUUCUCCAGAGGUGGUCGCCAUUCUCGAGCGUACGGCCGCGCUCUAUAGCCCGAGCUCCAAGUUGGGUACAUGCGAGCCCGAUCAUGUCAGCUUCUACGAGGUUGGCUUCCCUUCUUCUAUACUCGCGGAGCGGAUAGGGUGGUUCAACGAUCCCGCGUACCACGAUUCUACUGAUCUCAGCUCGCGCGAAGGCUACUCGUUCCAGCAUAUCAAAGACAUCGCGAAGACGCAGCUCGCAGCAGCUCUUCACGUCGCGGGGUACGAUCUGCGGGAGGACGAGAUGUAG